AUGGGGGCAUCAUUCGCACGCCUCUCCCUCCCCACCAGACCUUUCUCGACGACCCUCUCCGAGUGCUUCGGGCUGUCAGCUGCCCGAUUCGGCUUCUCAUUGGACGAGGAGUUGCGGGCAGCUGCAGCUUCGGAGGAGGUUCGGACAGCGCUAGGAAACAAAGUCAGCAAAGAGAGGAUCGGAAAAGAGGUGCGUGUAAGAGAGAGGUACGGGAUAAAGGUAGAGGUGAUGCUCAAGUCCCGUGACCCCUAUGCAGCUAUCUCCCUCGUGGUCGACCUGAACCUCUUCCCCACCGUAGAGCUGAUGCUCAAGUCCCGCGAUCCCUACGCGGCGAUCUCCCUUGUGGUAGACCUCAACCUCUUCCCCCACCGUCUUCCCGCUCCUUCUCCUUUUCCAUCCUCCCCUCUCCUGCAGGUGGAGCUGAUGCUGAAAUCACGCGAUCCCUACGCAGCUAUAUCUUUGGUGGUCGACCUCAACUCUUCCCCACCGUCUUCCCGCUCCCCACGCCCCUCGCACACUGCUGAUGUGCCCCCUGACGACGAGUUACCUGGCCUCUGUGAAGCUUCAUUUGCAGCCACUUGCACACGCCUGCACCAAUGGGAGAAACACCUGCCCCAGGCUCUGAUUGAUCACUUGUCGGACCUUAGUGUGGGGCUGCUGCUGGCGGCGCUGCUGAUGCCUCUCAGGCACGCCCACUACCUGGAUAAGAAGAAGAAAGAGGUGCCAUUUGCACAACACAUUGUUUUGGACUCACUCAAGCUCAAACGAGCAUAUGCUGACAUGGUGGUGCUGCUGCAUGCAGCAGCGGAGGACUUCACUGCCCUGGCGCCCCUGCUGGCCACAGCAGGGGCAGAGGGAGCAGGGGCAGCAGUAGGAGGAGUGGGUGAUGAAGCUCGAGCUCUCACGCUGAUCCAACCCCCACAUGAGGAGUUCCGAGGCAACCCAAGAGUGCUGGCAGGUGCGCUGGGUGCUGGCAGGCAAGCUCCUCCGCAAGGUGAAGGGCUGCUGGCCGUCCGCUGUGCUGCUAGCGUCCACUCUGCCCCUUGCUCUGAAGCCCUUCUUCCCAAACCCCCCCUGCUGCCCCCCUUCACUCAAAUCCACCUGUCCUUCGAAAUCCCCUCUCCUCCCUCCCCAGGCAAGCUGCUCCGCAAGGUGAAGGGCUGCUGGCCAUCCGCUGUGCUGCUGGCCUCGACUCUGCCGCCCGUUUCAUCGGCCGCCCGCAGUGAACAGUGUGGGCGGGAGGGGGAGGGGGCAAAGGGGGAGAGAGGCGAGGGAGAGAGGGAAGAGGAGGAUUGCAAGAGGAGGCGGAUGGAGGGGAAGGAAGGGGGUGCAGGAGAGGAUGUGGGGAGUGGAAGGAAGGGGUGUGAGCAGAGCGAGUUUUAUCUGCAAGUUCUACAAGCGGUGCAUGCCAUGGGUUUGGAUGGUGUGUGGGACACGAAGCCCAUACUGAAUGGCCGGGAUGUGGUUGCUGCUCUGGAGCUCAAGAAAGGCGACCCACGUACCGGAUACUGGAUGGAUCGAGUGAUGGAGUGGCAGUUAGCUAAUCCAGAUAAUGGAUCAACCGAGGAAUGUACUGCUUGGUUGAAGACGCAGGCGCAAGUCCGUGAAGCGGGAAUAGGUCGACCCAAAGCGCUUGCAGCCAUGUUGGCCAAUCUUCCAGAAGUCGCGAUAGGCGAGGCGCCACAUGAGCUGAUGGCGCGAACGCUGAACCGAUCGGCGUCCAUGUCGGGGCCGGCUCGACGCGAAGGAGAUCCUUCACGGCUUCAAGAAGGCGCACCCGGGCGCCGUGCUUAUGCAGUGUUUGACGAGCAACACGCUAUCGCGUACACGCACGACAUGCAAGACUUUUCUCAUGCCCAGAACUUCGGGUGCAGCGUCGGCAGCGGGUGCUGCCUGGGCCGGCAUGCCAGCAUGGCCAACCCUCCCGCAUUCUUUCCCUCUACUCUUUCCGCUCCCCUCCGCUCCCCCCGUUUUAACAGGCAAUUUGCAGCAUGCGACGAUGUCUUCUGCGCGUUCGCCGGCAACAUCGAGAACCUCGCGCAGCUGCGACAGCGGUACGGGCUGGACCGGCACGUGAGCGAGGUGAAUCUGAUCAUCGAGGCGUACAAGACGCUGCGCGACCGCCGUCCGUACCCGCCGGACCAAGUCAUCGCGGACCUCGCAGGCGCGUUCGCGUUCGUUCUGUACGACAACAAGGCCAAGACGGUGUUCGUGGCGCAUGACGCGCAAGGCAAGGUGCCCUUGUACUGGGGCAAGUGCCUGGACGACGGAGUGCUCGCCUUCUCCGACGACCCUGCUGUGCUCAAAGCCGGCACCGGCUCCUCCUUCGCCCCCUUCCCUCUCGGUACGUCUCCUUCUCCUUCUUUGUUCUCAGGCUGCUUCUACUCUUCUGACGGUGGCCUCCGCAGCUUCACAGACCCGGAGAAGCAGCUCAAGGCCAUUCAGCACAUUGACAGCCAGGGGGAGCUGUGUGGUGCCACCUUCAAGGUCGACAGCCAGCAGGAUCUGACUCAGAUGCCUCUAGACUCCAAGGACGACAGUGGACGGGGCUGGUCGUAA